AUGCCACUGCAGACAGAGAUCCUGCGCGAGGUCUGGGCUGCAGAGAGCCCCAGUGAAGAGCCGGGGAGCCCCCAGCACAAGCCCAAGCAGAAGCUGAAGAAGAAGCGGCAGGAGCCUGCACUGGAGCCUGAGGCCAAGCCCCGGCGGCUGCGGGUGAAGAAGCCAGGCGAGGGGGGGGCUGCGGAGGAGCCCCGAGCCCCAGCACAGGGGGUGAAGAAGCUGAGGAAGAAGAAGGAGGAGAAGGGGGAGGAGGAGAACAACAAGGACCCCAAAUUCAUCAAGGAGCCUCGAAAGAAAAAGGAGAGCCCGGCCCCCCGCUCCUUCGUGGUCAAAGGCCCCAAGAAGCAACAAGAGCCGGCUGAAGACUCGGAGGAUGCAGAGGAGGAAGAGGAGGUGGAGAGUAAAGACCUGCCAAAAAAGCUCAAGAAGAAACUACCCAAAGAGCCCCCCUCGGGUGAGAGCCGGGAGAAGAAGCUGAAGCCAAAGGGAGACAAGGGUGACCCUGACAGCAAAGCCAAAUCUGCCAAAAGCACCAAGAAGGAGACGAUGUCCAUGUUCCAGGUGAAUGGGGAGAAGAAGGAGAAGAAAAUCAAGAAGAAAGCCGCCGCCAGCAGUGAUGAGGAGGAUGAUUCCGAUGCCAGCACCAAACCCAUCAGAUCAGAAAAGAAGAAAAACCCGGUGUCCCUGUUCCAGACUGGCGGGGACCCCCCCAGGGAGAAGAAAACCAAAAAGAAAGCUCCUCCCAAAGCAGCUGAGAGUGAGGAUGAGACCCUGGAGACCCCGCGGAAAAACUCCAACAAGAAGGGCAAAGGGAAGAAAUCAAAGAAGCCCAAGCAGGAGAGGGCCCCAUCACCCGUCAUUGAGGUGGACAACCUGGAGGAGUUUGUGCUGCGGCCGGCGGCGCAGGGGGUGACCAUCAAGUGCCGAGUGACGCGGGACAAGAAGGGAAUGGACCGGGGGCUUUACCCCACCUAUUACCUCCACUUGGAUAAUGACAAGAAGGUAUUCCUCCUUGCUGGGAGGAAGCGGAAGAAGAGCAAAACCUCCAACUACCUUAUCUCCAUCGACCCCACCGACCUGUCCCGGGGAGGAGAGAACUUCAUUGGGAAGCUGAGAUCCAACCUGAUGGGUACGAAGUUCACAGUGUUUGACAACGGCGCAAACCCCGACAGGGCCAACGCUGACUGGUCCAACGUGCGGCAGGAGCUCUCAGCUGUGGUCUACGAGACCAAUGUUUUAGGGUUCAAAGGCCCCCGGAAGAUGACGGUCAUCAUCCCCGGGAUGAACUCUGACAACGAGAGGGUGCCCAUUCGGCCCCGAAAUGAUAAUGACGGCCUCCUGAUGCGAUGGCAGAACAAAAACAUGGACAACGUGAUCGAGCUGCACAACAAGGCACCGGUGUGGAAUGACGAGACUCAGUCCUACGUCCUCAACUUCCACGGCCGGGUCACUCAAGCCUCCGUCAAAAACUUCCAGAUCGUGCACAGCAGUGACCCUGACUACAUCGUGAUGCAGUUCGGGCGUGUGGCGGAUGAUGCUUUCACCAUGGACUACAACUACCCGCUCUGUGCUGUGCAGGCCUUUGCCAUCGCCCUCUCCAGCUUCGACGGGAAGCUGGCCUGCGAGUAGCACCUGCACAGGGACCACGUGCUGGUGCCCAAUGGAUGCUCCUGUGUCCUUGUCCUGCUCUGCUCCCUCCAUUUCCACCUUCUGCCUGGUGAAUGCUCGUGGUUCCAGCUGCUCCUGUAGUGGCUGGAGAUGCAUGAUGCCUGCAGAGCGCAGAGGGACACUCAUCCGGGCAAACUGGGGCCAGAUCGCUGGCCUGGGGCAGAUGGCAGAGUCAAGCCCAAGGUAUACUUAGCAGAUGAGGCUGACUGUGAUCCCGAUCUCAUCCCUUUGAGACUUUUCUUGGACUUGGAUCCUGGAAACUCACCUCCCUUUUUUAUUUUCUA